AUGCUCGGGUCCGCACUUGCCACGCUCGUACUCUCCUUAUCAGUAUUCGCGACUGCUGUAAGAGCGUGCAGCGACCAUCCACACGCUCGCGGGCACUCGCAUGAAUAUGCCGAACGCGCUGACGCAUCGCAGGUAACUCCGCCUACGCGUCCACUUGUCUGGGGAGAGCUCAAUGUCAUCCAUACGACGGACUCCCAUGGCUGGCUUCUUGGACACCAGAAGGCUUCACCGCCCGAGCCAAAUUAUUCGGCAGACUUCGGCGACUUCGCAUCAUUUGUUACCCAUAUGAAAGAGAUCGCUAAACAGAAGGGCGUGGAUUUGCUUCUCGUCGACUCGGGUGAUUUGCAUGAUGGGACGGGCCUCUCGGAUGGCUAUCCACCUGGCGGCAUAGAUGCACAUCAUUCGAACCAGCUCAUUAAACAACUGCCCUAUGACCUCCUCGCAAUUGGAAACCACGAACUCUACAAUUACAGCGUCACUCUUGACAUGCACACUGACUUCGCACCACACUGGAAGGGCCGAUACAUCUCCUCAAACGUCAAUAUCACCAUCCCUUCUAGCCCUGGCUCUUCAAAAAACAUCAGCGUACCUGUUGGCGAGAGAUUUGCGAAGUUCACAACUUCACUGGGGAAGAAAGUUACGAGCCUUGGUGUGCUAUUUAACUUUAUGCUUAAUGACAACGGAACGACGGUCCAGAAGGUGGGAGACAUGGUGAAGGAGAAAUGGUUUGCGGAUGCGAUUGCGGAUGAACCUGACCUCUUCCUUCUCGUCGGACAUAUGCCUGUCUAUAGGGACAACUGGCCGACGGUAUUCAACGCCAUCCGCGCUGUACACCCGAAUACACCAAUUUUAAUCUUUGGAGGUCAUACGCAUAUCCGCGACUGCACUCAGUUUGAUGGACGCUCGAUGGCACUUGAAAGCGGAAGAUAUAUGGAGACCGUUGGCUGGAUGAGUGUGAACUUCAGCCAGAUCCCAUCGCCCGCAAACUUGACUUUCUCGCGUCGAUACCUCGACGCCAACAAGCUCACCUACGAAUUUCAUACUGGUCGUAGCAGCAGUAGCUUUGAUACCCAAUAUGGACUCGAUGUAUCCCAAGGUCUGAGAGACCUUGCAAAGAGAUACGAUCUGAACUUCACGUUCGGAAUCGCACCACAGGAUUAUACGCUUGAUCGCGAUCGCUACCCGAGCAGCGGGUCAUCGCUUUCGCUUUUCAUAGAACAGGCAGUCCCAAUGGCUCUCAGAGCAAAUACGACGCAAAAGAAUACACCUGCGAUUUUCCUAGCUAACAGUGGCUCUCAGCGCUUCGAUAUCUUUAAGGGUGUGUUCACGAAGAACGACCAGCUAACAGCGUCGCCGUUUCACGAUCCGUUUGGGUUUGUAGGUGGAGUGCAGUAUGGCAUUGCGAAGCAGGUAGUGGAGAUAUUGAAUAAGAAAAAAGGGAUGGAUGGGAAAAGGAAGCGAAGUACUGAGGAGAAUAGGGAGUGGAUAAAGGAAUCGUUCGAGAUGGGUGACGUGGAGGCGAUAUAUAGGACGUGGCUUGAGGAUAUGGACUUACGGGAUAGGGUUUUGUCCAUGAGCGCGGACGAAUUAGAGGGGAGGGACGAUAAUUCUACUCUCAAGACGUUGGGCUAUGUUACGAAUGACAAAUGCCCAGGGAUUGGUGAUGACACUGUCCACACGCCAGCCCCAUACUUUCCUUCUCCUGCCUACAUCUCGUCACAAGAUUCCUCUUCAAACCCGCCUCCAGGCGUCUCAGGCGACUCUACGUUAAUCAAUUUGGUAUUCAUCGACAUUAUCAGGAAGCGCAUUCUGCACGUCUUAAACGAAAUCAGUUCCGCGCAAGGCGGAGGAAGGACGUUUAGUGACAGUGACGUGCAUAUAUACGCGAGUUUGAGGCUCGACGAAGUGCUGGGCACGUAUUCAAGUGCUGCUUGGAAGCAUUGA